AUGAAAAUUAAUCACUUUUGAAUGAACCAAGAUAGCCCCAAGUUUGUCCAAUGAAGUAGAGACUCUCUUUUGGGAAUGUGCUGUUGCUCUCCUGGAAUCUAUUACUCAUCUCUAGCUAAAGGGAAGCCAAAGGAUUUCAAUAUGGACUUAUUGGUUGAGCAGCUGCAAGCAACCUUCUGCUUCUGAUUUGUCGACCAAAUUGUGGAGCCAAGACCGAAGAAGCCGUCUCAGGAAUCGAAAUCUAAAGUGAAAGAUAGCCAAGAAUCCUACCACCCUGUUGACAAACAACUUGAAGAAAUAAAAGCUGAAGCUAUCUUUGAGCCUGAGCCGACAAGGCUGGUAGGAGCCAAGGUUUUUGAUGGAAGUGAGCAAAUGAGUAAUGACUCGCAGUCUGAACCAGAUUCUAUCCAUGGAGGGCCUAAUUCAGAUUACCAGACUAGGAAAGAUGUCGUCUACAAGGCUACCUUUAGAAGGAUGAGGAAGUAUUUCAUCCGAGACUUUGAAAUUACUACUAGGCAUAAUUUUCAGCAAAGAGAUUAUCUGACCUGUCUCAGAGAGUAUUGCACUCUCAAGUUCUCUCAAUGUGACAUUGCCAGAACCUUAGUGGUGUUUGACUGUAUUGUGGAUUCUAAAUAAUAAACUUAGAGCUUUCCCUGGUGAAGACAGACAGCUCAAGGCAACUAUUGGGAAGCUUCUAUAUUGCUAUAGUGGAAAGCUGUUCAAAAGAAUGAAGGCACAACCUGAGUUCUUGGAGAUCCUACUAUAUUUCCUUAAUAUCCAAGGAGUAAGCAACCUCAUUUUCUCUGAAUCAGAAGCUUCAUUUCAGCAAAAAGUACAGACUCAACUUCAAAAUCUGAGGAUCAGUGUCUCUUGGAUGAAAGAUUUUGACUCUGAUUCAGAGUCUGAAUAACCCUAAUUGGUGUAAUUUUGCUAAUUUGGC